AGAUUCCUCCGCGGGCUCGGCGCUCACAUUGCGGCGUCAACAUGGACGAAGCGGACUUCUCCCUGCUUAGUCUCGGGAGCGACCUGACCUGCUGCAUCUGCCUGAGCACCUUCGACUGUCCGGUCACCAUCCCCUGCGGACACAACUUCUGCCAGGCGUGUCUCCUCAAAACCUGGACGGACACGUACGACUGUCCGCAGUGUCGGACGAACUACCCCGUCAAGCCGCAGCUGAAGAAGAACACCGUCCUCAGCGCCGUGGUGGAGACUUUUAAAGAGCGCUCGAGGAAUAGCGACGUGCUAAAAGAAGACAGCUGCGAAGCGGAAGUAAACAACAAGGCGGAAGUAAACAAAAAGGCGGAAGAAAGCAACAAGGCGGCCGAACACGAUGGAGUCUGUUGUGAUACCUGCAUGGAGGCAAAGGCGAGCAAAACCUGCCUCACCUGCAUGGCGUCUUUCUGCGCGGAGCACCUGCGGCCGCACCUGGACAACCCGGUGUUCCGCGUCCACCAGCUGGCGGAGCCGGUGGGUGAUCUGACGGAGCGCAUCUGCAAGGCGCACAACAAGCCCAUGGAGCUCUACUGCCCUCAACAUAGCCGCCUCGUCUGCGUCCUCUGCCUCAACCAAAUGCACAAACAAUGCACACUCGUCUCUCCCGACCAGCAGCUCAUCAAGAAAAAGUCUGACAUGAAAAAAAUGUUGGCUUUGUUGGAUAGGAAGAUUGGACAAAAUGAAUCUGUCCUGGCUCAAGUCACAGAUAGGCAGCACACCCUGAAGGACAAUGCCGACUUCAUUAAGUUGAACAUGGCGCUUGAGUAUCAACAGAUCAAAGACAUGCUGGCCAAUGAUGAACGAGAGGCUUUUGGCCUACUGGACCAAGAGCUGGUGUCUGCUCAGAAAAAGCUCAGCAAUCUGACGAAGUUGUUUAAAGACAAUGUCAAGAGCUUAAACAAAUCCAAAGAGGAGAUCAAGAGUCUGCUACAGCAGCCACAAACAGUGGUCGUUCUGCAGGCUUCAGUUGACCUGCCCAAAGCUGCAACUUUUGAUGUUUACGCCCCACAAUGCCACUUGGAUUCCCCAAAGCUGAAAGCAGCCCAAGAGUUUGCUGUUCGACUGAAAGAAGAAAUGAGUCAGAUCUUUCAUCAGCCACUUGAAAACAGACCAGCACUGAUUAAAAAAGGAGAAGAAGACACCAAGGACAAUAAAGAGAAGAACACACCUACAAGAUGGCCGCCAAACAACCCCCCUUUGCUGGCAACUAAGCCCCUUCAAGUCAACGCUGACAAGAAGACACACCAAAAAAAAAAGCUGACCUCAGUGCCGAAAAAUGGCAAGAAUGAAUUAAAAAAAAAGUUUCGUUCAAUGGAGAAUCUCUUGGAGGUUGAUGGGAAAGCAAAACUGAGCGCCCAUGCUUCUGGACCGCUCCUAAAAACAGGAGGAGUGAUGGACCUUCCAACAAGUAUGACAUCUGCUGAGAAAAGACACAACCUUCUGAAGUACGGCAGGGAACUCACGUUUAAUUCCCAGACGGCCCACAAACGUCUCAUCCUAACCGAGGGCUUCACCGUGGUGUCCGUGUCCAACCAGCCUGAACCUGCAAAUAUCCGCGACAACCCUCAGCGCUUCGCCAUGUGCUCUCAGGUGCUCGCUAAUCAGAGCUUCACCACCGGACGCCACUACUGGGAGGUCCGAAUGGUUAACAACAACUUCACCGCCAUCGGGUUGGCUUAUAACCGCAUCAACCGCAAGGGUCCCUCCAGUCGACUGGGCCGCAACAAUCAGUCCUGGUGCGUGGAAUGGUUUGACGUCAAACUGUCGGCUUGGCACAACGGCGACGAGGUUGUUCUCGCUAACCCUAAUCCCAGACGCGUCGGGGUGUUGCUGGAUUUGGACGCGGGCUCGGCUACGUUCUACAACGUGACGGAUAGAGCGUACCCCUUCUACUCCUUCGUGUUCCCCUUCCGCAGCGCGCUGUUUCCGGCCUUCUGGAUUUUCUCCUGUGAAUCGUCGCUUUCACUCUGCAAGGUGCAGGAUUAAUUAAUUGAUCGGCAAUCGCUAAUUAUACUCAGGAAUCAAGCCCUGAAUUUGUAACAAAAAUUAGCAUGCAAACUUUUUCUUGUCCUAAUAUUUUCUCGCCACUAUAAACUCUUACAAAUGUUUCUUCUAAUUCGUAAUGUCAAAUGUUUAUUGUAAUUCACACAGCUGAGAUGACAACGAUGCUAGGCUAAUAUUUACUUGCUGCAGCUAAUAUUUACUUGCUACCGUAUUUUCCGCACCAUAAGGCGCCCUGGGUUAAAAGCCGCGCCUUCAAUGAACGGCAUAUUUCAAAACUUUGUCCACCUAUAAGCCGCCCCGUGUUGUAAGCCGCAUCUAACUGCGCUAAAGGAAUGUCAAAAAAACAGUCAGAUAGGUCAGUCAAACUUUAAUAAUAUAUUAAAAACCAGCGUGAUGUGGGCGCGCAUGGAGUCGUAUAUCAACAUGGACGGAGCUGCGUGAAAAAAGCCACCCGGCCUCUUCGCGUAAACUUACCUUAACCACUCGCUCAUCUUUUCUUCAUCCAUCCAUCCCUUCGAGUUAGCUUUUAUGAUGACGCCGGCUGGAAAGGUCUCUUUUGGCAAGGUCUUCCUUUUGAAUAUCACCAUGGGUGGAAGUUUCUGGCCAUUAGCAUGGCAAGCUAGAACCACAGUGAAGGAUGACUUCUCAUUCCCUGUGGUGCGAAUAUUCACCGUACGUGCUCCCGUUGUAUCCACAGUGCGGUUCACAGGAAUAUCAAAAGUCAGUGGAACCUCGUCCAUGUUGAUAAUGUUCUCUGGCCGGAUCUUUUUUUCAGCUAUCUUGUUUUUACAAUAUGCACGGAAAGUAGCCAGCUUUUCUUGAAAGUCUUUAGGCAGUUGCUGUGAAAUAGUAGUCCGUGUGCGGAUGGAGAGAUUGCGUCUUUUCAUGAACCGGAAACCUGUCGCUUAGUAGGAGCCAUUUUGUGGUCUUUACAGAUGUAAACACACAAAGGAAAUGAAACGCUUCUUCUUCUUCUACGGGGGCGGGUGGUUGCUUACAGUAGAAGAAGAAGCGCUUCCUCUUCUAUGGGGGCGGGUGCUUACCUUGGCGGUUGCUUGCCGUAGAAGAAGAAGCGCUUCCUCUUCUACGGGGAAAAAAGAUGGCGGCUGUUUACCGUAGUUGCGAGACCUAAACUUUAUGAAAAUGAAUCUUAAUAUUAAUCCAUAUAUAAAGCGCACCGGGUUAUAAGCCGCACUGUCAGCUUUUGAGUAAAUUUGUGGUUUUUAGGUGCGGCUAAUAGUGCGGAAAAUACGGUACUUUUCAAUCGUAUCAAUUAGAGAUGUCCGAUAAUAACAAUGCGUUAAAAUGUAAUAUCGGAAAUUAUCGGUAUCGUUUUUUUUAUUAUCGGUAUCGUUUUUUUUUUUUUGUUUUUUUAUUAAAUCAACAUAAAAAACACAAGAUACACUUACAAUUAGUGCACCAACCCAAAAAACCUCCCUCCCCCAUUUACACAAAAGGGUUGUUUCUUUGUUAUUAAUAUUCUGGUUCCUACAUUAUAUAUCAAUACAGUCUGCAAGGGAUACAGUCCGUAAGUAUCUUGUUUUAUGAAUUUUUUUUUUUAAAGUACCUUAUCUUCACCAUAACUGGUUGUCCAAAUUAGGCAUAAUAAUUAGGGUUGCCCGAUAAUGGCUUUUUGCCGAUAUCGGAUAUUGUCCAACUCUUUAAUUACCGAUACCGAUAUCAACCGAUACCGAUAUCAACCGAUACAUGCAGUCGUGGAAUUAACACAUUAUUAUGCCUAAUUUGGACAACCAGGUAUGGUGAAGAUAUUUUUUAUUAAUAAAAUAAGAUAAAUAAAUUAAAAACAUUUUCUUGAAUAAAAAAGAAAGUAAAACAAUAUAAAAACAGUUACAUAGAAACUAGUAAUUAAUGAAAAUGAGUAAAAUUAACUGUUAAAGGUUAGUACUAUUAGUGGACCAAUCAUGUGUGCUUACGGACUGUAUCUGUUGGAAUAAUUGUUUGUAAGUUAUCACAAAAGAAACGUUAUAUUAUGAAUGCUGUCUUUUGAGGCCUAACAAGAGGAAGAACGCUCGUGAAACGCCACUGUGAUUUCAACACGGACAGAUGGCAGGAUCUGCUCAACUUCCAGAGGAACUCUCUUUGAAGUGUUAAACGAACUCUCUCUGAAGUAUUUCACAAACUCUCUUCCAACUAUUUGGUAACCGAGGUCAACGCUAUUUACGACCCGCUGCCCUCUUGAAGUUGCUGUGGUCAGGAGACGGGAGGGGUUAUCCAUUGUCCUCCAACACCUGCCCCAGCUGGAUCCAGGAAGAGCCCAAGCCCAAGAAAUCCCACUUCUUGGUCUUCAAAGCGACCGAAAACAAUGACUGUUUUACAUACUUCCCAUUCCUGCUGUGACAUGUGUUGGUGCGUGAACAUUGAACAUCUGAAUUAAAAGAGGAGACGAAAACCUUCUUCGUCAGAGCGUGGUGCAGGACUGUACAGAGAGUGCAGUGGCCAUGUCUCUCCUCAAUAUUGAGUCCAAAUUGAAUUCUGUCUCUGUUUGAUUCCUUGCCUUUUGUCUUGUUUAAUAGAUGUCCUCAGUGUUUGAACGUGACUGUAUCCCUUGCAGACUGUAUUGAUAU